AUGGGUUCCAUGGAAGAAGAGCAACCCCUCAUCGAAGAAGGUCCAAUACAGGAGUAUGCUGAAGAUGGUUCAACCGACAUCAAUGGGAACCCACCAUUAAAACACAAAACCGGAAACUGGAAAGCUUGUCCAUUCAUCCUAGGCAAUGAAUGUUGCGAGCGGUUGGCUUACUACGGUAUUGCUAUGAAUCUCAUCACAUAUCUCACCGCUGAACUACACCAAGGAAACGUUUCCGCCGCAAGAAAUGUGACAACGUGGCAAGGAACUUGUUGCAUCACUUCUCUGCUCGGAGCCCUCUUAGCCGAUGCUUACUGGGGUAGAUACUGGACCAUUGCUUGUUUCUCCCUCAUUUAUUUCAUCGGAAUGUCUGCUCUGACUCUCUCUGCUUCGGUUCCAUACCUGAAACCCUCUGAUUGCGUCGGAGGCUUUUGUCCAGCACCAACCACGUCACAGUACUUAACCUUCUUCCUCGGGCUUUACCUUAUAGCACUUGGCACCGGUGGAAUCAAACCGUGUGUCUCCUCCUUUGGUGCGGAUCAGUUCGACGAAAACGACUCGAAGGAACGAGUUAGGAAGUCUUCUUUCUUCAACUGGUUCUACUUCUCCAUCAACAUCGGAGCAUUUGGAUCAUUGGGUCUAGUGUUGGUUCAGGAGAAUAUCGGUUGGGGAUUAGGUUUCGGAAUACCAACCGUGUUCAUGGGAUUAGCCAUCAUCAGUUUCUUCUUCGGCACGCCACUCUAUAGGUUUCAGAAACCUAGAGGUAGUCCGGUGACACGUGUCUGCCAAGUUCUUGUCGCUGCGUUUCGUAAGAUGAAUCUCACAGUCCCUCAAGAUCCAACACUCUUGUUUCAAAACGAAACAAAACACAUCAAGCAUUCAGAUGAUUACAAUUGUCUCGACAAAGCAGCGGUUUUAUCAGCUCAAGAAGACGUUUCUGAUCAGUGGAGACUAUGUUGUGUUACGCAGGUGGAAGAAGUGAAGAUUCUGAUUCGAAUGUUCCCGAUUUGGGCUUCGGGGAUAGUCUUCUCGUCACUCUACUCUCAAAUAUCGACGUUGUUUGUGCAGCAAGGAAGAGCCAUGAACUGCGAGAUCGGAUCUUUCAAGAUUCCUCCAGCCACACUCGCUGUUUUCGACUGCAUCAGCGUCCUCAUUUGGGUCCCUCUCUACGACAAACUCAUCGUCCCGCUCGCGAGACGCUUCACGGAAACCGACAAAGGAUUCACCGUGCUUCAACGAAUGGGAAUCGGUCUUUUCGUUUCGGUCCUCGGUAUAGCAUCAGCAGCCGUGGUGGAGAUCGUGCGUCUCGGGAACGCGGGAUCCGGAAACGCGGUUUCUUUGACCGUGUUUUGGCAGGUUCCGCAGUAUUUCAUACUCGGUGCGGCGGAGGUGUUCUACUUCGUGGGACAGCUCGAGUUUUUCUAUGAUCAGUCGCCGGAUUCGAUGAGGAGUCUGUGUAGUGCGUUGGGACAGUUGAACUUUGCGGUUGGGAGCUACCUGAGCUCGGUGAUCGUCACGGUGGUGACGUAUUUCACGACGGUGGACGGUGGGGGUGGGUGGAUUGCGGAUGAUCUCGACGAGGGACAUCUUGAUUACUUCUUCUGGUUAUUGGCCGGUUUAAGUUGUUUGAAUGCGGCGGUUUAUGUCUUCUCUGCCGUUAAUUACAAACAGAAGAACGCUUUGUAA